AUGAGGUAUCCUUCUCUCCAGUUCGUCGGCACUUGUUCCUCCUUCCAAGUCUUCAUGUAUAGGACUUGUAACAUGUUUGCAGUUGCUUCUAUGUCUGACUUCAGUGCUUCAGCUGGUAUAUUGUCAGGUCCUGCUGCUUCCCCACUAUUCAUUUGUCUGAUGGCUAUCCCGACUUCCUCGACCGUUGGUGGGGUGACAUCUAUAAGAAGGUCUAUAGGCGCUGCUUCGAUGUCCGGUGGAUUUAAUGGAACUAGCCGAUUCAAGAGCUCCUCAAAGUGUUCUACCCAUCUAUUCGUCUGUUCUUCAGUUUCAGUGAUUGGCUUUCCUUCUUUGUCCUAG